AUGGCAAAAGAAGAGUAUUAUCCAUUGUUUGAGACAAGAAAAGGUAGUGGAAGGUUCAUUUUCAUAAUAUUUUCUUUCUCAGUGUUUGUUGGGAUUUGCUCUAUUUGGAUUUACAGAUUGAGUUACAUAUCCAAAGAGUUUGAAGAUGGAAACUGGAUUGUUUGGAUUGGAUUGCUUUUUGCUGAACUAUGGUUUGGUUUUUAUUGGUUCCUUCGUCAAAACCUUAGAUGGAACCCUAUUUUCAGACAACCCUUACCUCAAGUACUCUCUCAAAGAUACGAGAAAGUGUUGCCAAAAGUGGAUAUAUUUGUGUGUACUGCAGAUCCAGAGAUUGAGCCACCAAUGAUGGUGGUCAACACAGUGUUAUCAGUGAUGGCUUAUGAUUAUCCAACAGAGAAGCUUAGUGUGUAUCUAUCAGAUGAUGGUGGAUCAGAAAUAACAUUCUAUGCUAUGUUAGAGGCUUCUGAAUUUGCCAAACAUUGGUUACCAUUUUGCAAGAGAUUCAAAGUUGAACCUAGGUCACCAAAUGCAUAUUUCAAGACCUUAGACACUACUGACUCAAAUAAUGCUAAAGAGCUUUUGGCCAUCAAGAAAUUGUACCAAGAAAUGGAAAGUCGAGUAGAAAAUGCAUCGAAGCUUGGAAAAGUACCAGAAGAAGAAUACUCAAAUCAUAACGAGUUUUCUCAGUGGGAUUCAUAUUCGUCUAAGCGUGAUCAUGACACAAUUCUUCAAAUUCUAGUUGAUAAAAAUGACUUGAAUGCAAGAGAUGAAGAUGGAAUUGUUAUGCCCACCUUAGUAUAUCUGGCUCGUGAAAAGAGACCUCACUUUCCACAUAACUUCAAAGCUGGAGCCAUGAAUUCUUUGAUAAGAGUGUCAUCAAUGAUCAGCAAUGGGAAAAUCAUUCUGAAUGUAGAUUGUGACAUGUACUCAAACAAUUCGCAAUCUUUAAGAGAUGCACUUUGCUUCUUCAUGGAUGAAGAUAAAGGCCAUGAAAUUGCCUAUGUGCAGGCUCCUCAGAACUUUGAAAACCUCACAAAAAAUGACAUAUACGGUGGUGCUUUGUUUAUAAUUCAUGAGGUUGAAAUGUUUGGCGUAGAUGGAUUUGGUGGGCCCAUGUAUAUUGGAACUGGCUGCUUUCAUAGAAGAGAUGUACUCUGCGGAAGAAAGUUUAACAAACAAUCCAGAAAGGAUUGGAACAACAACGCAAAUGAUGAAAAUAUUAACCAUAUGAUAGAAGCGAGUUUGCAAGAGAUUGAAGAAAAAUCAAAGACUCUUGCAAGUUGUGCCUAUGAGGAAAACACAUCAUGGGGAAAAGAGAUGGGACUACUUUAUGAUUGUGCAGUGGAGGAUAUAGUGACAGGAUUAUCUAUUUUAUGCAAAGGAUGGAAAUCAGUAUGCUAUAGUCCAACAAGAAAAGCUUUUUUAGGUUUGUCUCCAACCACAUUGCCAGAAGCACUUAUUCAACAUAAGAGAUGGUCAGAAGGAGGUUUUCAAAUUGUGCUUUCUAAGUUCAGUCCUCUUUGGUACCCUUAUGGAUUAAUAAGUCCAGGCCUUCAACUUGCAUAUUGUCACUAUAAUUUAUGGGCUUUAAACUCCUUUCCAACUCUAUAUUAUUGCAUCAUCCCUUCACUUUUUCUCCUCAGAGGCAUUCCUUUGUUUCCACAGAUUUCAAGUCCAUGGUUCAUCCCUUUUGCUUAUGUGAUAGUUAGUGAUUCAACAUACUGUUUGAUAGAGUUUUUGAGGGUAGGAGGAACAAUCAAGGGUUGGUGGAAUGACUUAAGGAUGUGGUUAUAUAAAAGAACAAGUUCUUACCUUUUUGCUUUUGUUGACACCAUGUUGAAGUUUAUAGGAUUUUCAAAUUCAGGAUUCAUAGUAUCUACUAAGGUAGCUGAGGAAAAUGUUUCUCAAAGAUAUGAGAAUGAGAUUAUGGAGUUUGGAAACUCUUCUCCUAUGCUCACUUUGUUGGCUACAAUUGCAAUGCUGAAUUUGUUUUGUCUUGUUGGGAUGUUGGUAAAGGUGGUUGUGUUAAGUGGAGAAGGUUUUAGGGUAUUUGAGACAAUGUUAUUGCAAGUUUUACUAAGUGGAAUUUUGGUUGCUAUUAAUAUACCUAUUUAUGAAGGACUUUUCUUAAGGAAAGACAAAGGAAGAAUGCCACUAUCUGUUGUAGUUAAAUCAACAACAUUAGCUCUAAGUGCAUGUGUCCUUUUUAGUUGUAUUUUUUAA